UCGAUUAGCCGGCCUGUUGUUUGUAUUGCUAACGGAAGAGGACAGUGAUGAUGGCUAAUCAUCGCUCAAACGGCACUUUAAAGAUGUUUUCUGUAUUAAUAACAUAAUUAAACUGCUGCAGUAAGCUGUUCCUCUCCCUAACUGGCUGGUAUCCGUGUUUAUCUCUGUUUAAAAGCGGACUGCAGCUCUUCCUCUCGGUUUGUUUACACUGCAGCAGAUUAAAUGUCUCUUUCAUUAUAGUAAUGGAGGCACGAUGCGACUACUUUAUUUACUUUCCUGCCGCUCCUGUGUCCUCUCUGUCGGACCUGUCCGACUACAAGUCCCUCCCGCGGCGCAAACAGGUCUUCCUCGGAGAGACAGUGCAGGUCUUGCUGGUUCUGAAGUUCCGGGAUGACAGCUCCUGGAGGGACCUGGCGGGGUCUCUGUCCGCUGAGGGGAGCGUGAGCGCCGCGGAGACCCGACAACAGGCUCCCGUGGAGUUCGAGCCGGAACUCCAGACCUCCAGCUGCAGCGAGGAUGAAGAGGAAGAGGAGCCUGGAGACAGGGGGGGCACAACCCGGAGCUUCACACACUGUAGACCACUUCUCAUGCACAGCAACCCGGCCAGAGGGGGACGACAGGGGGGGAGAGAACCGGACAAGUCUGCUCUGCUUUUGGAUGAUCAGCUCGUCUUCUGUCUCACCAUCUCUCUGGACAAACUGCCCGUCAACACCAUCAAAGCAAAGGUGGUGGUGACGGUGUGGAAUCAGGAUGAUGAGGAGGUGGAGGUGAGAGAACACGGAUACUUGACUCUCCUGCAGCUCAAGAGUCCAACACACACCUUCAGGCAGGACCAGAGCAGCUUCAAGGCACAGGUCAGCACCUUCCUGAAGGUUCUUCCUCCUCCCAGUGUUCAGUGUCAGCAGAUGAUGGUCUCUGGGAAACACCUCACCGUCCUCAAAGUGUUGAACGGCAGCUCUCAGGAGGAGCUGUGUCUCAGAGACAUGAAGAUUCUUCCAAACUACAACUCGUCCUACCUCCCGAUGAUGCCAGACGGAUCGGUGCUGGUCGUCGACAACGUCUGCCAUCAGUCGUCUGAGGUCUCCAUGGCUGCUUUCUGCAGGAUAGACAGCGAGUCCUCACGUUUACCCAGCAUGCUCAGCGCCCUGGAGGAGCAGAGCUUCCUGUUCCAGUUGCAGCUACAAGACACAGAAGAGGAGGACUCCUGUGAGGGGUUGGAGGUCCAGUUGGUGGCUGUGUUACAGUGGUUCUCUCCUGCACUGCCAUACACAAGAUUCAUCUCCAGUUGUUACUCCCUGCCGAGUAUCCGCCUGGAUCGUCCUCGCCUGGUGAUGAUGGCCUCCUGUCCCCGAGCUGUCAAGCCUCUGGAGCUCUUCUGGGUUAAAUACACCCUGCUCAAUGACCUGCAGGACUUCCUGUCUGUACGACUGAUCUGGAACUGUGAGGCUAAGAGAGGAGGUCUGCCGGUCUCUGGGUUGCGGUCUGUGAUGUGUCAGUCUCCGUUGAAUUACCUGGGACGAUGUAGAAAAGGCUCCACCCUCUCCUUCAGCGUGGCCUUCCAGAUCCUUCACACCGGACUCUUUGAGCUGAGUCAGCACAUGAAGCUGAAGCUCCAGUUCACCUCUCCUCCUGCUGAGCCUCCAUCAUCAUCAUCAUCUUCAUCACCCAGCCCUGCAGUCAGGGAGCUACAGCAAGGAAACAGUCUGGGCCGGUCUCAGAGCUUCUCUCAUCAGCUUCCCAUCAAGUCUCACCACGUCAGGUCAGGCAGUGUCAUGGACCAUCGAGCCGUCACUCCUCCUGUGUGGUCUCCAGCAGGUCGGCCCCUCCCCCUCCCCCUCCCCCCUGAGCACGCCCUCAUCUCUUUGGAUAAGAUCGCAAAGAGAGAGUGUAAGGUGUUGGUGCUGGAGCCGAUACUUCAGGAACACAGCAGGGUCUCAUCCAUCGCCUGAAAGAGAGAAAAUAGGAGGAGAGAGAGAGGGGGGGUGGGGGGAGAAGAAAAGGAGAAAGAGGAGGUGAGAGGAGAAGUGAUGGACUACAGGGUAAAGAUGAAGAAAACAACAGGAAAGUCUGAGUGGACAAGAAUAAUUUAUCAUCUCACUGGAUUAUCAUUUUGCUGGAUUAGGAUUUUAUUGGAUUAUGAUUCUAUGAGAUUUUAUUUUGGCUGUUUCUUUCAUGUCAUUAAUUUGAUGCUCCACUGGAUUAUUGUUCCCCUGGUUUAUUUUCUUAUAUGUUGACUAACCCGUCACUUCAUCAAUUCACAAGAUGCCACUUAUUAAUAAUCUGACUGAAUUAUAUUUGUAUCAUCAUUCCUUUAGAUUAUCCUUUAACCUACUCAUAGUAAAGCUAUUUAACAACCGCACAUGUUAUCAAUCCAAAAUGGACCAUACAAAAAGAAUCAUUUUAAGGGUUUGAAUAAACCAAUAAUAAACCAUUCCAAUAACUUAUGUGAAAUAUUUAUCAUUCCAAUAAUUUAACAUUUCAUUAAUUUAACAUUCCAAUAAUAUAACAUUCCAAUAAUUUAACAUUCCGAUAAUUUAUUACUUCAAUAAUUUGUGACUCCAAUAAUUUGACAUUCCAAUAUUUGACAUUUCAGUAGUUUGACAUUUAAAAAAUGGAACUCUCCAAUAAUUUGACAUUUCAAUAAUUUGACUUUCCAAUAAUUUGACAUUUCAAUAAUUUGACUUUCCAAUAAUUAAACAUUUUAAUAGUUCGACAUUCCAAUAAUCUGACGUUUUUUAUAAUUUAACAUUUCAAUAAUUUGACAUUUGAAUAACUUGACAUUCGGAUAAGUUAACUUUUCAGUAAUUUAUUAUUCCAAUAGUGUGACAGUCCAGUAAUAUAUCAUUAUUUUUAUUUUUUAUUUUAAUGCUUUAUAAUCAACUGGUUAAUAACUUUACUGGUUUAUUAUCUCAUAAAAUAAUCUUCACCAUAGGUUUAACUGUUGAUUAAUGUUCUGUUGGAUUAGAAAAUAACUUGAUUGUAAUCUUACAGAUUCUCAUUCCUCCAAAUGUGAAGUUCGCUGAACUGAAUUCUCAUUCGUUUAUUUUAUCACUGCUUAAAUAUCCUGCUGGUUUAUUAUUUCUCAGGACUUUCAUCACAUUUUACUGGAUUAUUAAUCCAUUGGAUUAAUGAGACACUGGAUUUUCUUUCCAAUAAUUUAGCUUUUCCCUUGUAUAUUUUUUAUCAUUUCAUUUGGUUGUCAUUUCACUGGAUUAGCAUUUUGCUGAUUUAUUGUUUUAGUGAAUUAUCAUUUCACUGGAUUAUCAUCUCACUGGAUUAUCAUUGCACAGGUCUUUCAUUUCACUGUUUUUUUUACUUUAUGGGUGGUUUUACUUGACUGGUUUAUCAUUCAACUGGGUUAUCUGUUUUUUAUUGAUUCUUUUCACUGGAUUGUCUCUCCAUUAAUCGAUAAUUUCAAGGGUUUCUCUUUUGAUUGGUUUUAAAUGCCAGUAGAUUAUCAUUGUAUCAUUACAUCCUGGAUUAACAGUUUACAUUUCACUGAUCUAACAGCUCCCCUUCUACACGCCAACAUCAGUUGUUGUUGUUAUUUUUUCUUUUCUUUUACAUUUUCAUUGUAUUUUAUUUCAAUGCUUUCUUUUAAUGCCUCGUGGGAUAUUUUGUUGAUAUUUAUAGUUUAGCACAUUUUAAACACUGUAGAGCUCUUUGUCUGCUGCUUCUUGUUGUUAAGGCAGCUCUUGUUUCCCUUGGGAUGAAAUCAGGAAACUCCAGAUAAUCCUUUUAUAAAAUGUGACGAUUUCAAAAAGUUGAUCUACUGAAAUAUUCUAGCUUAGUGCACAUAAAAAGAAGUUUUGGGUUUACUCUGAGUCGAGAUAAAAUCUGAAGCUCAGCACCGCUCUUAUGAAGCUAGAGGGGGUUUACAGUCUGGACAUUGAUAGGAACUUUUCUUUCAAACUGCUGAUUUAAAGUUUGGUUAUUGUCUUAUUUAUUUUGAAUGUAGGAUUGUACAUUUUUAUUUUCUGUAGAGUUUUAAACUUAAACAUAAAAGCACUCCAUGGUCUGACAGGGCAGUGUAAGUCUUCUCAUUUCAACGUCCAAUCAUUCAAGCCCGCAGUGAAAAUGACUUCCUGUUUAACUGCGAUGUAAAAAAAGGUCUACCUGAUUUCAGAGGGUGUUGCUGCAUUAAGCAUGUUUGAAACCAGCUGUUCUUGAAUUUCCUUUAAAGGAUUCUGAAGGUCUUAUAUCAUAAUCAUAGAGCUGUGUUGUUUUUAAUGUACAAACCAGUAUCAAAGCUAGACUGCAGUGCCUACAUGACCCAUGAUUCUGACUUUGAUUUAAAUCCUUUUUCAGUUUCUGUUUUUUUAGCUACUUUGGUUCAAUAGGUGUAUCUGUAAUUCAUAUGUUUGUGACAUUAACUAGGUUGCCCAUUUUGGGCUAAAAACAGACUUUCAACGUUAAUUCCCCCUCCCUGAAGAUCAGACUUCAUAGAGUGACCUUCAGUGGAACAAAACUCUGAACAAGACAUUUUCAGGUCGCUUAGAUGGGAAUUCUUAAUCCCAAGUGUCCCCUGUCUCACUCCUCCCCUGAUUCUUGGUCUCUGUGACUCUAAAUGGGAUCAUGAUUUACUAAAUUAACAUCAGUCUGUGUUGAAGAAGACUUAAAACUAGAGAUUGAGACCAUAAACUCACGAGGAGAAUGUUUACUGAGGGAAUAAAUCAGCUGAGAAGGAGGAUAAUUAUCUCUGACUUCUAAACCAGACAGUGGACUCGCCCCCUGCUGGACAUUAGAGAGAAUGCAAGUUUAAGGCAGGUUGAAGGUGAUUAUGUCCACUUCUUAGAAGUGACAGUCUGUAUGAAAUACAGUGUAUUUGAACAAUCCUCCAGUGUUCAGCAGCUAUUACAUACUCCUGAAGUCUGACAUCAGGAAACGUUUAUACUGACAUUGAAGACCUUACAUUAUGAGAGACGUGUAGAGUUUUAUAACAGACUGUUUUUGUUUAACACUGGAGUUAAAAAGCAGAAUGUAUCUGAAGCUGAACACAGCUGCUGUCCAGACAUCAUGAAUGUGUCUUGUAUUGAACUCCUCUGUGUUAAGGCUCCUCUGUAAAGACUCAGAUGUUUAUAGAGUCACUCUGGCUGUGUAAGGACGGGUCUCCUGCUGGGACAGAUCUCCUUGUUUCUGUCUACUUGAAUGAAAAAUAAAGUAUUUCUGGGUAAAA